AUGUAUAUCUCCAAGCUCUUCUACCCCACACUCUUUGCCCUCUCAGCAAACGCAUUGUUCGACUGUAAUGAUGACCAACACGCCUUUGACCCCACUCGUGGCAAGUUCGUCGUCCACUUCACUUCGGCUUCUGAUAGCCACUACAAUGGGAAUGAGCCAUGGAUCCGGAUCUGCCUGCCAAAUGACUCGGGGUCGUGGGACAAUGUUGACCCGCUGGGUAUUGCAUGCGAAACGUUAGGCCCGAAGAAAUUCAGUCCCAGCCAAACCAGACUCAAGGCGGACCUCGAAGUUGGGCUUGGUGACGCUUGCACUGAUCAUCCCCGCUUAAGGCGCUCUUAUCUGCAGUACAAGGAAGCCUUCUUCACCAAACAAUGGGAAUCAGCGACCAAGUCCUUCUUAGAACGGAUGGAACCUCAAGAUCGCAGGACGAUUAGAAGUUUUCGCACCUAUGAGGAUGUACGGGAAUAUGUGUUCGUCGAACAAGAUGAAGAGGUGUCUGAGGCGGCCCUGCAAGAGCUGGCCAUGUUGCAGCCCCGAAUGGUUGAUUUGAAAGACUUCAGCGAUUUCUUUACCUCCCACCUUCAUCCGGCUCCUGGGACGGAUGGGUACGAUCCAUCGUGGACUAAGUUGACCGACAGUUUUGCAGCCGCCAUAGAGGAGAUUGAAGAUAUACUUGUUCGCAUCGAGCGAGUCGCUGCCAUGUAUCAGAGGCAGUAUCAGGGAGACAUGGCAUCCUGGUUUUCGUAUCUCUCGCUCACACCGCGCGUGUUCCGAGAUAUGGCUCACUUACCUUGCUUCGUCCUUCCACCCAUACGAACCGCUCGUUUUUUCAAUCGAGAUGAGGUGAUUGAGAAGAUCGAACAGUAUUUCCAGGACACCGAUGCGACAUCGCCACUGCGCUCACUGGCUCUCUACGGCAUGGGAGGCGUCGGCAAGAGCCACGUUGCCAUGAAAUUCCUGGAAAAGAAGUUAGCGACCAAAGACUUUGACGCUAUCUUCUGGGUCGGUGCUGAAAGUCCGGUCGCUAUCCAACAGAGCUUUACAGAUAUUGCCCUCAGACUGAAACUACCCGAUACUGCGCCAGCCACUCAUGACGAAAACAGGAUGAUUCUCAAGGGCUGGCUGCAGCAGACUGAGUGUAGAUGGAUGAUCAUCUACGAUAAUGCAGAGACAACCGAGCUUCUUCGGGAUUACUGGCCUCUAUCUGGCAGCAAGGGUAAAGUCUUGAUCACAACAAGAAAUCAUUUGCUUGGUUUCGAUCCUGCCGACACUGGUAUUGAGAUACUCCCUUGGGAUACUGAAACAGGCUCAAAGUUCUUGCUACAUCUUCUCGCAGGACAUAUCGGGACGGAUAUCCUGGCUAAUGAAGCACAUUUGAGCAUAAACACGGAGGAGCUGUUGGCCCUCGCUUUAAUCAAACGAGAUCGAUAUAGCCGCGUAUAUUCGAUUCAUCGUCUCAUCGCAUCCCAAUUUCGCCGCUUUAUGAGCCCCGAAGCCCACCAAAAGGCCUUCUACGAAGCUUCGAUUCUAAUGUACAACGCGUUUCCGAAGAGACCUAAGAAAGCGGGUGCUACCAGAGCCAAUCUCUACAAUGUCUGGGACAAGUAUCUCCUCGAAACACAGAACUGGCGCGAACUCGAAGACCUCGUUACCGCAAACAGAAUUGCUAUGGCUACACUUCCAGACGCGGACAAGGAGAUAUACCUCCCCUCAUCGACUGAAAUUCACGUUGCCUCCAUGUGGGCUUUCCGGGGCAAAUUUAACCUGGCCCUCGAGAGCUUGCUGAUCGCACACAACCUCAAGCUGUCGGAGUCUCCCGUUGAUCUCCAGAAUCUCUGCUGGAUCGAAGAUAACCUAGCUACUAUUUAUGGGUGCCUGAGAGACUUUAAAACCGCUAUACAAUGGAUCGAACGGAGCCGUGAUACAUGGAAGCGGUGGUCCGAAUCCGCAGGCCUUGAAUUCAACUGUCCUCCGCUGCUGAAACUGACGCAUGGCCGGAUCCUGGCUCACGGGAGAAACUUCGAUGAGGCUAGAGUGCAGCUUACUGAGGCGAUAGAUGGACUUCUGUCUGCCGAGCCAUUUGUUUGGGCGCCGACAGCUACGUGUAAAUUUGUCAUAGGGCGACUGCUUAUGUCCGAAGGAAAGUAUGACGCCGCGGAAAAGAUGUUGUUGGAGUCUCAGUCCAUGUGGCUUGCGGGCGACAAGUCUCGUGCUUUGGACUUCAACGGUGUCAUUGUAUAUCAGCUGGGAUGCUGUGCUCUGCUGCAAGGAAACAAAGACGCUGCACUCGAACAUCUCGAAGAGGCGAAAGUGAUUAGCUCUAUUCACCAAGAUACGCAUCCUGCCAAGUACGCCCGAUGUUUGUUCAAGUUAUCCGAGACGAGACGCCAGAUCCCCGGACAGGAAGCGCAAGCCGAUCAACAACUCAAAGAGGCGAAAGCCUUAUAUCUCCAGAUCAUGGGCAAGAUGCGACCAACGACCACAGAAAGAUCAAAGGAAGCCUCUUUCCCGCAUCCGGAGCAGUUAGAGGACGAAGACUUCGAUGCGCUUAUUCACAUCAGUCAAAGAUAG